UCCAUGCAAAACGACACGUACCCAUAAAGCAGCUAACUCCAUUUCUCUCUCCUCUUCCUUCUCCUUCUACUUGACCAAAUCUCUCCAUUCUUUAAUUUCUCAAUCGAACUUGGAUCUCCAAGUUACCAAAAAUGGUAAAGCUAGCCUCGGCUCGCGAAAGCCGACUGUACGGACCGCGGAUAUCUAGAAACAGAGCAGAGUACAUAAACGCGGGGCUGUACCUGUUCGCGACAGUGGUUCUUCUGGGUGGGUUCGUGGCUCAGCUUUCGGGCGAACCCAAGUCGGGCCUUGUCUUAUUGCUUAUUGCGUUGGUGCUAAUCGCCGUGAUCAACCUCCAUGACGCGGUGGCGCACCUUGCUGGCUACGAUUACCGGUUUUCGUUGAUGGAGUACGAUGUACAGCUCUUUCUCGUGGAGUUCUUAGUCCCGGUGGUUCAAGCAUUGGGUUCCAUUGUUUUCUUCUUGGCAAUUCUCUUUCUUUUUCUUCAGGAAGAGAAAGGUUAUGGGUACUUGAAGGUGGAAAAACAUGCAGUGAACAUGGUAAUAGCAGGGCCAGUUUUAUGGGUAGUGGGGUCAAUCCACAACUCAUGCCAAGUGUACGAGAGAGCCGAUGGUCAUGUCCAAAUCUUGCAACAAAGUGUUCACAUUCCCUUCUUGAUAGGCAGCCUUCUACUCACAGUUGCCUCUAUUCUCAAUGCUCGUGAGCUUGCUGGACAACUCUUCCAUGGUCUCCAACUACUGGGGAGGAGGUGGAUUUGGGUGAGCAUAUUUGGGAGCAUGUUUCUUGUGCUUGGGGGGUUUAUGAACGUGGUCAAAGUGUUCCAUAUGCAAAGUAGUAGUGAUGGUGGUCGUAUGAGACUGGAGAAACUAAGAGGAGGAGCACAAGAGAGGUUGCUCCAAGAAAGAGAAGGACAAGUCCCACUCAUCUUAGAAGAAGAAGAACAUCAUCAGAGGAGGAGGAGGAGAAGGCCUACUAGUCCCCAUGACCAACCCAAAAUAAUAUUCCCACCAUCCCCAGUCCCAACUAGUCCUUACAAGGAUGUUCUAGUCGCUCCUGCUCCUGCUCCUGGUCCUACUUAAUUAAGCCUGUGGAUUUUUCUGGUUUUUAUUUCUUUCUGAACGAUCUUUUAUUCAUAGCAUGCAUUUACUAAUAAAUCAAUUUA